UGUAUGUGAGGACCAUGAAAGACACCACCAUUACAAUGGAAUCAGUGGAUCUAUCUACGGAAAAUGUUACAACUGAAGAGCCUGCAUGUAAAAAAAUAAAGCUAGAUGCUCCUGGAGAAAGUAACAACAUACAAAAACCCUGCAAAGAAGAAGAUGCUGAAUUACCUGCAACAGUUGUAGACAAUGAAAAAUGUAUUGAAAAUAAAAAUGGUAUCCAGUUAGAGAGCGAAAUACAUGAAAAAGAGGUGCCUAUUACUGAAAUACAAGCAGGAAUUACUGAAUAUCUUGGUGAACAUGAAGGUUUUAGUGCUGUUAUAAAACAAAGGUACUCUGAUUUCAUUGUAAAUGAAGUUGAUUUAGAUGGAAAUGAGGUGCAUUUAACACAAAUGACAUGCCCUGUUGAGGAGACAGAUGAAGAUAAAAAAGCUGAAGAUAAUAAUGACAAGAUUGUGUUGGAGAAACCAGAUGUGAUUAGUGAUGAAGAUCUCUCCAAGAUUGAUAACCUUGUUAAAACAGGAGAUAAGACUGGUACUGUUAAUAUAAUUGCUCCUGAAUGUAAAGAUUUGCGCACUAAAAUGCAUUUGGCUAUCAAAAAAACUUUUUCUGAGCUGGAGACCAAAACUAUUGAAGAAGGGGGCAAAAAAUAUAUUCAGGUAUUGUGGAGAUCAGCAGCUAAAUCCCGAGAUAAAUUUCAAGAUGACUGGCCAAAAUCACAAAGAUCUUGUCGUUUUGUCAAGUUUGUUUUGUACAAAGAAAACAAAGAUACUAUGGAUGCUAUUGGGCUGAUUGCCAAAAAUUUGAGGUUGAAGGAGAGUCUAUUUCAGUUUGCUGGCACUAAAGACAGAAGGGCCAAAACCUCUCAAGAGGUUACUGCUAAUAGAAUACAUCCUAAAAAAUUGGUGUUUCUUAAUAAGAUACUUCGGAAUAUGGGACUAGGUAACUUUCGUUAUGUAGCGGAGCCUCUAAAGCUUGGUCAGCUGUCAGGAAAUACAUUUACCAUCGUAUUAAGAAAUGUUCAGGGGAGUACAGAAACUGUGGAUAAUGCCAUCUCUUCUCUGAAGGCCAAUGGCUUUAUCAACUAUUUUGGUAUGCAGCGGUUUGGAACCACAUCAGUGCCCACACACAAAGUCGGAUGCGCUCUUUUACAUGGGGACUGGGAAAAGGCCAUUGAUUUAAUUUUACAACCUAGAGAUGACAAUGCUUCCAAAGAUGGCUUCCAGAAAAUAUGGAAGGAGACUCGUAACCCUGAGAAAACUUUGGCAGCCACACCCAAAUUCUGUGGCCUUGAGAGGAAUCUGUUAGAAGCCCUCAAAAGGAAUAUGAAGCCCUUUAAUGCAUUAGAAAAGAUAUCUCGGAAUACCAGGCUUCUGUAUGUUCACAGCUAUCAAGCCCUGAUUUGGAAUUUGAUGGUAUCAAAAAGGCUGCAGAAGUUUGGUAAAUUGCCAAUUAUUGGGGACCUUGUGCUUCCAGCUAACUUAAAGAAUGAAGAACAUGCGACUCCUCUAGUUGUGACACAAGAUAAUUUAGAUCAGUAUACCUUACAUGAUGUGUGUAUUUUUUGUCUAACAGAACAUGCGACUCCUCUAGUUGUGACACAAGAUAAUUUAGAUCAAACAUGCGACUCCUAUAAACAUGCGACUCCUCUAGUUAUGACACAAGAGAAUUUAGAUCAGUAUACCUUACAUGAUGUGGUCUUGCCUCUUCCUGGUCAUGAUGUUAUUUAUCCCAAAAAUGAAGUGUUUGAUUGGUACAAAAGUGCCCUGGCAGCUGACGGCCUUGACAUUGACAACAUGAAAAGAACACAAAAGGACUAUUCGUUGCCGGGAGCUUAUCGUCAUGUCACCCUACUGCCAAAGAAUGUCACAUGGUCACAUCACAACUACGAUGACUACACACUGCCAAUAACUUUAAGCGAUUUGGAUUUGAUUAAAGAAGUACAGCUGCCUCCUUCAGAUGAUAAAGGCAGCCUGAAAGCUGUGGUGUUGAAAUUGACCCUGCCUUCAUCAUGUUAUGCCACCAUGGCACUGAGAGAAGUUUUAAAGAUAGACACCUCAGCCGCUCACCAGACCACGCUCAAUGUUAAAUGAGUUGUUGUUGUUUUAAUAAAGUCUGUGAAAUUAUAAAAAUUAAAUUAUGUUUGUUAAAACCUUU